AUGAAGACUGUUGCCCUUGGUGCCGUUGCUUUGGCUUUGGCUCUCACGGCUUCUGCGCAGGACAUUACGAGCUUGCCUGUGUGUGCUCAAUCUCCAAUCCUAACUGCAUUCAGCGCCUCCGGGUGUGGUUUGACGGAUAUUGCAUGUGUCUGCAAUAAUACUGAAUUCAUCAACGGCUUGGUGCAAUUGAUUCCAAGCGUGUGUACGGCAGCUGAAGUUACAGCCACUAUCGAUUUUGCUGUCUCUCUGUGCGCGUCGUAUGGGGUGACUCUGAACCUGCCAGACACAUCCGGUGGAUCAGCUUCCACCACCCCUGCUAUAACCAGUGAAUUGACACCGCCUACUACUGCAACGGCCGAACCAACACCCACGAGCUCCAUUACCGUUUCCAGCAGUACAGCCGUGGUUGAGAGCACAAACUCGCCCACAACAACCCAGACCCCUGAAGUGAGCAGCAGCACAUCUUCCAGCGUACCUGCACAAUACACGGGCGCCGGAAGCAAGAUCAACACCGUCGUCGUGUCAGCCUUAUUCGGUGUUGUGGCGCUCACUGUUGCCGCUACAAUCUAA